UGCAUGCAGAUUUCAUUGAGAACUCGGAAAGCACCAGGUUAACAUCUAUGAACUGAGUCCUCUUGAAGACCAUUGCUCUGUCUCUCGGCUGGAUUUACCUUUUUUAAACAAAGGAUAUUUAUUUCAAGCCAUCACCUGGAGUAUAACCAAACUGCGGAUCUAUGCGAACCCUACGUGGGAGUCAACCACAUUUGUGAAGUUGAAGAAGAGGAAUGUAUCGUUUCUUUGUGAAACUAACAUUUCUGAUUCCUGCAAUCGUCAUCUCACAAGGUCUAAAAUGUGCCCUACCCACUGAAUCAUGCCUAAAUGGAGGACGAUGUGAAGCCACCUCUAAUGGAAAUGGAGAAUGCAAGUGUCCCAGUGACUACGUAGGCAAUCGGUGCCAAUAUCCAAGUCCUUGCAGCCCUUCACCCUGCCGCAAUGGUGGCGAGUGCCGCGCUGUUUCCCAUGGUAACACGUUUGAUUUCCGUUGCGUGUGCCGCCUGGGUUUCACCGACCGGCUAUGCCUGACCCCCACCAACCAUGCCUGCAUGAGCUCCCCUUGUCGCAAUGGAGGAACAUGUGAUCUCAUUACCCUCACUGCCUUCCGAUGCCGCUGCCCGCCUGGGUGGUCAGGUAAAACCUGCCAGCUUGCCAAUCCAUGUGCUUCCAACCCAUGCGCAAACGGUGGUCAGUGCUCAGCCUUCGAUUCCACCUACAUCUGCACCUGCCCACCCGCCUUCCACGGUCAAACCUGCAAGCAAGACGUCAACGAGUGUGCCCAGACUCCCUCUCCCUGUCUCAAUGGUGGUGUGUGUGUGAAUGAGGUGGGCUCAUACAACUGCCGCUGUCUUCAAGAGUACACUGGCCAACACUGUGAGACCCUCUACAUGCCAUGCAGCCCCUCACCAUGCCAGAAUGGAGGCACCUGUGUCCAGAAGGGAGACACCACCUAUGAUUGUAGCUGCCUGCCAGGCUUCACAGGUCAGCACUGUGAGCACAACAUUGAUGACUGUCCAGGCCACAACUGCCAGAAUGGUGGUGUGUGUGUGGAUGGUGUGAACACCUACAAUUGCCAGUGCCCACCUCAUUACACAGGUCAAUAUUGCACAGAAAAUGUGGAUGAGUGUGAGUUGAUGCCCAAUGCAUGCCAGAAUGGAGGGACAUGCCAUGACACUCAUGGCAGCUAUCACUGCGUUUGCGUCAACGGAUGGACGGGUGACGACUGCAGUGAGAACAUUGACGACUGUGCCAGUGCAGCUUGUUACCAUGGUGCUACCUGCCACGACCGUGUAGCCUCCUUUUUCUGCGAGUGUCCUCAUGGGCGCACAGGUUUGCUGUGUCACCUUGAUGAUGCCUGCAUCAGCAAUCCAUGUCAAAAGGGUUCCAACUGUGACACCAACCCAGUCAAUGGCAAGGCAAUCUGCACCUGUCCCCCAGGUUACACUGGGUCAGCCUGCAACCUGGACAUUGACGAGUGCUCCCUCGGUGCCAACCCUUGUGAACACGGUGGUCGCUGCCUCAACACCAAAGGCUCUUUCCAGUGUAAGUGUCUUCAAGGAUAUGAAGGACCUCGUUGUGAAAUGGACGUCAAUGAAUGCAUGUCUAAUCCUUGCCAUAAUGAUGCCACCUGCCUGGACCAGAUUGGAGGGUUCCACUGCAUCUGUAUGCCAGGAUAUGAGGGUGUGUUCUGCCACAUCAACACAAAUGAAUGUGCCAGCCAACCUUGUCUCAACAAUGGCAAGUGCAUCGACAAGAUCAACUCUUUCUACUGCGAGUGCCCCAAAGGUUUUUCAGGGAGUCUGUGUCAGGUGGACAUUGACGAAUGUGCCAGCACACCCUGCAAGAAUGGAGCUAAGUGUACAGAUGGUCCCAACAAGUACACCUGCGAAUGUGCUGAAGGUUACACAGGGCAGCACUGUGAGACUGACAUCAACGAGUGCUACUCUGACCCCUGCCACUAUGGCACCUGUAAGGAUGGCCUAGCCUCCUUCACCUGCUACUGCCGUCCUGGCUACACUGGCCGCCUGUGUGAGACCAACAUCAAUGAGUGUCUAAGCCAGCCCUGCAAGAAUGGGGGCACUUGUCAGGACAGGGAGAACACAUAUAUUUGUGCCUGCCCCAAAGGCACUGCAGGUUUCAAUUGUGAGGUGAACCUGGACGACUGUAAGAGCAAACCCUGCGACUACGGGAGGUGCAUUGACAAAAUCAAUGGCUACGAGUGUGCAUGCGAGCCCGGCUACACAGGAGCAAUGUGUAACAUCAACAUCGAUGAGUGUGCCAUCAACCCCUGUCACAACGGGGGCACUUGCGUUGAUGGCAUUAACAGCUUUACCUGCCUGUGCCCAGAGGGCUACAACGAUGCCACCUGUUUGUCUCAGGUGGAUGAGUGUGGCAGCAACCCCUGUAUCCAUGGCCGAUGCCAAGACCUCAUCAAUGGCUACAAAUGUACCUGUGACUCUGGCUGGAGUGGCCCAAAUUGUGACAUCAAUAACAACGAGUGUGAGUCCAACCCGUGCAUGAAUGGGGGAACCUGCAAGGACAUGACCAGCGGAUACCACUGCACAUGCAGAGCCGGCUUCACAGGACCUAACUGCCAAACUAACAUCAACGAGUGUGCCUCCAACCCCUGCCUCAACCAGGGCACCUGCAUUGAUGAUGUGGCUGGAUACAAGUGCAACUGUUUGCUGCCCUACACUGGUGAAAACUGUGAGACCCUGCUGGCACCCUGCAGCCCGAGACCCUGUAAAAACGGUGGAGUAUGUAAGGAGGCUGAAGACUACCAGAGCUUCUCCUGCAUCUGCCCUGAAGGAUGGCAAGGUCAAACAUGUGAGAUUGAUAUCAACGAAUGUGUGAAGAGCCCAUGCCGCAAUGGUGCUAUUUGCCAUAACACUAUGGGUGGCUAUCAGUGCAAGUGCCAGCCAGGUUACACUGGCCAGAAGUGUGAGACAGACACUGAUGACUGCAAACCAAAUCCCUGCAGUAACGGUGGUCUGUGCCAUGAUGGCAUCAACACUUUCACGUGUACCUGCCCGCUCGGGUUUCGUGGCGGCAGAUGUGAGCAGGACAUAAAUGAGUGUGAGAGUAACCCCUGUAGGAAUGGCGCCAACUGCACCGACUGUGUCAACAGCUACACCUGCACCUGCCCACCUGGCUUCAGUGGCAUCAACUGUGAGAUUAACACCAACGACUGCACUGACAGCUCUUGCUUCAAUGGUGGCACCUGUGUGGACGGAAUUAAUGCGUUCACCUGCCUGUGUCUACCUGGAUUCACUGGCAGCUACUGCCAAUAUGAUAUCAAUGAGUGUGACUCCAAACCGUGCCUCAACGGAGGCACUUGUCUUGACAGUUAUGGGACAUACAAGUGUACCUGUCCUCAUGGCUACACAGGAGUCAAUUGUCAGAAUCUUGUGCGCUGGUGUGAUUCAUCCCCCUGUAAAAAUGGAGGUUCAUGCUGGCAGCAGGGAGCCUCUUACACCUGCCAGUGUCAGACUGGGUGGACUGGUCUCUAUUGUGAUAUCCCCAGUGUGUCUUGUGAGGUCGCAGCCAAACAGCAAGGGGUGGAGGUGGCUCACCUGUGCAGGAACUCAGGCCAGUGUCUGGAUGCUGGAAACACACAUUACUGCCGCUGCCAGGCCGGCUACACUGGGAGUUACUGCCAAGAACAAGUGGAUGAGUGCUCACCCAAUCCUUGCCAGAACGGCGCUGCCUGUACUGAUUAUCUGGGAGGCUACAGUUGUGAGUGCGUCCCUGGCUACCAUGGUGUAAACUGCUCCAAAGAGAUCAAUGAAUGUCAGUCACAGCCCUGUCAGAAUGGAGGCACCUGCAUCGACCUCAUCAACACAUACAAGUGCUCCUGUCCCAGAGGAACACAAGGUGUCCACUGUGAGAUUAAUUUGGAUGACUGCACUCCCUCCACUGACCCACUGACCAACGAGCCCAAGUGCUUUAACAAUGGCAAGUGUGUGGACCGCAUUGGAGGUUACCAAUGUGUGUGCCCGUCAGGCUACGUAGGUGAGCGCUGUGAAGGUGAUGUCAACGAGUGCUUGUCAGACCCCUGUGACCCCAGAGGGUCCUACAACUGCAUUCAGCUCACCAACAGCUACCGCUGCGAAUGCCGCACUGGAUAUACAGGUCAGCGUUGUGACAGGGUGUUUGAUGGCUGUAAAGGAAAACCCUGCAGGAAUGGAGGAACAUGUGCCGUUGCCAGUAACACACCUCAUGGUUUCAUCUGCAAAUGUCCGCCUGGCUUCACCGGUUCUUCUUGCGAGUAUGAUUCUCGCUCCUGUGGGAGUCUGAAUUGCAGGAAUGGAGGUACAUGUGUGUCAGGCCACCUAGGCCCACGCUGCCUGUGUCCACCAACCUUCACAGGGCCUGAGUGCCAGACCCCCACUGACAGCCUCUGCAUCUCCAACCCCUGCUACAAUGGUGGCACUUGCCAGAUCACCCCAGACGUGCCUUUCUUCCAGUGCAGCUGCCCCAGCAAUUUCAACGGCCUGCUAUGCCACAUCCUGGACUAUUCCUUUGUCGGAGGCUUUGGCCGGGACAUCACCCCACCUCCGGAAGUGGAGGUGAGCUGCGAGAUUCCUCAGUGUGACGAGUGGGCAGGGAACCAUAUCUGUGACUCGCUGUGCAACAACCACGCCUGCGGCUGGGAUGGAGGAGACUGCUCACUUAAUUUUGAUGAUCCUUGGCAAAACUGCUCCGCGGCCUUGCAGUGUUGGCGCUACUUCAACGAUGGGAAGUGUGAUGGCCAGUGCAACAGCCCUGGGUGUCUCUAUGAUGGCUUUGAUUGUCAGGGACAGGAAGGACAAUGCAACCCGCUGUAUGACCAGUACUGUAAAGACCACUAUGCUGACGGUCACUGUGACCAGGGCUGCAACAAUGCAGAAUGCGAAUGGGACGGCCUGGACUGUGCCAACAACAUGCCAGAGAAGCUGGCAGACGGGCACUUAGUUCUGGUUGUCCAUAUUCCCCCAGAGCAGCUUAAAAAUCAUUCUUCAGCCUUCCUUAGAGACCUCAGCAGCGUUCUCCACACCAACGUGGUGUUUCGCCGUGACGCCAAAGGAGAACCAAUGAUCUUCCCUUACUAUGGCAAUGAACAGGACCUCGUUAAACAUAACGUGCUGAAGCGCUCUGCAGAUCGCUGGCCUGAGUGGGCCUCGAUGCCAGCCAAUGUUUUGGGUCAAAUGAAGGAAAGCGUGUCCGCCAUGGUCAGCCCUCGGAAACGCAGAGAGUUGGAUCCUGUUCAAGUCAAAGGGUCAGUGGUGUACCUGGAGAUUGACAACCGUCAGUGUUACCAGCAGUCUAGUGAAUGCUUCCAGAGUGCCACAGAUGUAGCUGCAUUCCUUGGAGCACUGGCCUCCAGUGGGAAUCUCAACGUUCCCUAUAUUGAAGCUGUCACCAGUGUGAGACCUACUCCCUCCAGUUCAGAGCUCUACCCCAUGUACGUAGUCUUCUUGGGCUUGGCUGCUUUGGGUUUCAUCUGCCUUGGUGUUCUGGUGUCCCGGAAACGGCGGCGAGAGCAUGGCCAGCUCUGGUUUCCUGAGGGAUUCAAAGUGUCAGAGCCCAGCAAAAAGAAACGCAGAGAGCCAUUGGGAGAGGAUUCUGUUGGAUUGAAGCCUAUGAAGAACUCUGACAUCAAUCUUAUGGAUGACAAUCAAAAUGAAUGGGAUGAUGAGGAUCCAGACUGCAGGCGGUUCAGGUUUGAGGAACAAGCCAUGUUGGAUUUGAGUGACCAUACUGACCACAGGAAAUGGACACAGCAGCAUCUGGAUGCAGCUGACCUACGUAUUGCAUCUAUCGCUCCUACCCCUCCUCAGGGAGAGAUAGAGAAUGACUGCAUGGAUGUCAAUGUCAGAGGACCAGAUGGUUUCACUCCCCUGAUGAUCGCUUCCUGCAGUGGUGGAGGACUGGAGACUGGUAAUAGUGAAGAGGAAGAGGAUCCCUCAGCAGAAAUCAUCUCUGACUUCAUUUACCAAGGCGCCAACCUCCACAACCAGACUGACCGCACAGGCGAGACUGCCCUCCAUCUGGCCGCUCGGUACGCCCGCUCCGAUGCUGCCAAACGCCUCCUGGAGUCCAGCGCCGAUGCCAACGUUCAGGACAACAUGGGCCGUACGCCGCUUCACGCUGCUGUGGCUGCAGAUGCACAGGGAGUGUUCCAGAUUUUAAUCCGAAACCGCGCCACUGAUCUUGACGCCCGCAUGCAUGACGGAACAACACCGCUGAUUCUGGCAGCCCGACUGGCGGUUGAGGGCAUGGUGGAAGAGCUUAUCAACUGCCAUGCUGAUGCUAACGCCACCGAUGAUUCUGGCAAAUCUGCUCUUCACUGGGCCGCUGCUGUAAACAAUGUGGAGGCUGCUAUGGUGCUGCUGAAAAAUGGUGCCAACAAAGACAUGCAAGAUAACAAGGAAGAGACACCACUCUUCCUUGCAGCCCGUGAAGGAAGCUACGAGACAGCCAAGGUACUUCUGGAGCACUUUGCCAAUCGUGAGAUCACCGACCAUCUCGACCAGCUGCCAAGAGAUAUCGCCCAGGAACGCAUGCACCAUGACAUUGUCCGCCUUCUGGAUGAGUACAACGUGGUUAGGAGUCCCGGGCUUCACAGCAUCCCCCUAAGCACCUCCAGCCUCUCCCCACCUCUCUGCUCUCCCAAUGACUACCUUAGUAACCUCAAGCCCACCCUGUCUGUCAAGAAGGUUCGCAAACUUAGCUCCAGCGGAAAAGGAGGGAAGGAUGGGGGCAAAGAUAAUAGAGUGAAGAAGAAAAAGUCACUGGAUGGGAAGGGUAAUUUGCUAGACACAUCAGCUGUCCUCUCCCCGGUUGAUUCCCUCGAGUCACCGCAUGGCUACCUGUCUGAUGUGGCCUCUCCUCCCAUGACAUCGCCAUUCCAGCAGUCCCCACCUAUGUCUCUAAAUCACCUACAAGGCAAUGGAGACUCCCAUAUGGGCCAGAUGAGCAUGGGUAAGGAUAUGGGACGUAUGUCUUUUGACCCUAACCCACCCCGUCUCUCCCACCUGCCUGUGUCCAGCCCCAGCAACCAGGGCACAACAUCCAUAGGUGGCUGGGUCUCCAGGAUGCACCCAGGUGUAGGCCAGCAAGGAAGCUUCACCCAGGCGCCACCCAUAUCCCACAACAUGAUGGGUGCUCUGCAUGGCGUCAGCACUGCCACUCUGUCUCACAUCAUGGGCUACCAGAAUCUGCAGACCAGCCACCUCGGCUCAUCUGCACACAUGAUGCAGCAGGCUCACUCGCGGCAGCUCCAGCACCAGAACUCCAACUCCACCACAGCCGGGCAGUCCCUCAACCAGAGCUUCCCAAACGUCGAGCUGAACGGCUCCGACAUGCAGCAAAACAACGGCUGCUCUAUGCCCAUCCACACUGUAAUGCCCCAGGAGACGCAGAUCCUCGGCACCCAAUUUCUCACCCCUCCCUCCCAGCACAGCUAUUCUGGCCCCAUGGACAACACACCUAACCACCAACUACAGGUGCCUGACCACCCGUUUCUAACUCCCUCCCCUGGCUCCCCUGACCAGUGGUCCAGCUCGUCCCCACAUUCCAACAUGUCCGAUUGGUCAGAAGGCAUCUCCAGCCCACCUACAAGUAUCCAUUCGCAGAUGAAUCUGAUCCCAGACCAGUUUAAGUAGAGACUUGUAAAAUGGACAGAACUCUUUAGUGGAAAAAAUAUAUAAACAAACAAAUUUCAUACAGAAAGAGAGUGACAAACCUGUCUCAAGACUGAAUAUGCUCCUUUUUUAUUAUCAGUUUUUAUACUAACGAUAAGAGUUUUAGUAAUUUUGUAUUUAUUUAUGUGCUUUUUUUGACCUGAAAUAUAAAGAAGAUGCUUUUAUAUUUAUGCUUUUUUAUUUUUUUGUUCUGUUAAGUAUGGGAAGAUUAGAAACUGUUUAAAAGGAGUGUAUAUCAGAAAACAGACUCCUAGAUGUGUACACUGGCUAUUUAUUUGUGUCUUAUGUUGCUAUAUUCACUGGAUUUAUUUUGAUCUUUUGAUGCCUUGGCCUUCCCAAAUUUUAUUUUUGGGAUUUUUAUUGCAUUAUGUUUGUACAGAUUUUUUUUCAAUUUGAUAGAUUAUUUUAAAAUUUUCAGUAUUAAUUAAUUAUAUUUUAACCUUUGUCUUUUUAAGCGACGCAGGUUUUGUUACUGAACUACAUUUCACUAAGUCUUAUCACUGAGUCUGUGUUAGAUGAUGAUCAAAUAUAUAUAUAAAAUGUCACCUUUCAUAAUGUUGCUUGCUACACUGUCCUCUCUUGGCAAAAUGAUAAAGAGAGUAACUGAGCGAAGGUAACAGAGAACUUGUAAUUUACUUACUUUACUGAGAUUUGGGACCUUAAAGCACAGAACAAAUAUCCCUUAUCAGUUGAGAGAUGCUUUUCAGAAUGAGUGGAAAAUGCAUCUAAAUCAACCUGAGUCUAUUUUUUAUUGAAUAAUGGUCUGGGCUGGUGCUGUGUAAUUGAUUUGUGAUCAUUUAUGAUGCAAGGACUGUUUCUUUAUUUCGUAUUGUAUCCCAAAUCAGUGAUUAUGGCUACCAUGUUUAACCUGUUAAGUGUUAAAUUGCAGACCUGUUGCAGAAAGUUGAAAUGUUACAUUCGCCACAGUUAGUGCCAGUGUGAUUUUCGAUUUUCCUAAGAAAAGCAACGUAUUUGUGAGAUUUCUUGUAUAAAAAAUAUCUUCGUGGUGGAGAACAUUGUGAAAGAAAUGGUGACCUAUGUUUGUGUGUUUAAUGACAUCACCUGUACUUUGUAAAGGAGUGUGGUUUAAGUGUCUAAAUGUCAUGUUUUAUAAACUAAUUCAGAGAUACAGAUGUUUUUAAGAAAAGAUGUAAUUCAAAAUCAAUGUUCAUGCAAAGUUGUAGUUUGCAAAGAAGUAUUUCCUGAUAAAAAUGUUUUGUAAAAAUUGUCUUGAUUCAAUAAAAGCUGCUGUUAAGCUUUAA